AUGGAGCUCGCUAUCGCACCACCCUCCAGAGUUGCAGCAGGGGUGGCAUUUCACACUCCCCUCGUCGUGACCUUCUCAUCCCCCAAACCGACGACAGAUGGAAAAGAAGAGAAUCGGGAAACUGUUGUGUUGCCAGACAUGAGCGGAGUUUGGGCUUUUGUGUCUCUGACCACGCCUGAUAUGCAACAAAGUUUGGCUCCACCUCGGGCCGAUCUUUUACGAGGUAAAACUGCCGACUCGAUUCAUCCCAUUCACCAAGAACAAGAGGGUGAACGGUCCACGAUUGCAUAUGCAACGUUUCCAGGGCUGAAGAUCACUCAACCGGGGCAAUAUCGCAUCAAAGUGAACAUCAUUGACAUGAAUGCUUCCCCGACGGAAAACGCAGGUGAGGGCGCAGGCCUCGUUUUACCUUCCCUCCACUCGCAAAUCUUCGACGUGGUCGAAGGAAGCGAACAUGGUAUCUAUGGACCCGAAGUAGCAGAGACAUUGAGCCUCCUCAGGUCCAUUGGCGUGGAUUGUUGA